UCCUGCUCCACACGUGUUCCACUGUGAGCCGACCAACAUGGCCGCGUGCAGUGUGGAGGAGCUGUUGGCAAAAGCUGAACAGGAGGAGGCCGAGAAGCUGAAGAGCAUCUCCGUCCAGAAGGAGCUGGACCUGGAGUUUGACGUCGGGAACCUCCUGGCUUGCGACAAAAACCGCAUCGAGUCCCGUGACUUCAGGGAGAAGAAGAGAGACGACUUCCUCCGAGCCUUAGCUCGGGACAACACGCAGCUUCUCAUCAACGAGAUAUGGAAACUACCCACGGAGAGGGUCGAAGAGGUUAUCGUGGCCAAACUACCGGAGCAGACCACCCGGCUGCCCAGAGAGAAGCCCCCGCCGAAGCCCAAAGCCCCGACCAAGUGGGAGCAGUUCGCCAAGCUGAAAGGCAUCCAGAAGAAGAAGAAGACUAAUUUGGUUUGGGAUGAAACUGCCAAGGAGUGGAGGAGACGCUGGGGCUACAAGCGGGCCAACGAUGACACCAAGGACUGGCUGAUCGAGGUCCCGGAAACCGCGGACCCCAACGAGGACCAGUUCGCCAAACGGAACAAGGCCAAGAAGGAGCGGGUGGCCAAAAACGAGUUGAACCGCCUGAGAAACAUCGCCAGAGCGCAGAAAGUCAAAACCCCCGGAGCGGGACUGCUGCCUAAAGCCCAGCAGUCCAAAGACGAGCUGGUCAAAGCCAUGAGCGUGGCCAAGACCUCCACAGCGUCCGUGGGGAGGUUCCAGGACCGUCUGCCCAAAGAGAAACCCCCCAAGAACUCCGGCAAGAAGAGGAAGUUCGAGCCCCUGAUCGGGGACUUCUCCAGCGAGAAGCAGAAACAGCUGGAGCUGCUGAAGACCAUAGGCAGCAAGAGCCCCAAGCUGGACAUCACCAAGGCGGUGAACACACAGAUGAGGGAGGAGGACAGAGAGGAGGCUGCAGCUCGGCGGAGGAAGGGCGCUGGGGGGAAGGGGCGCAAAGGUAACACUGCAGGGAGAGGCAAGGGGAAAGGGAAGGGGAAGGGGCCGAAAGGAAAAGGAGGAAAAGUUGGAGGAGGAGGAGGGAAGAGAAGAGGAAAACCAGGGAAGCACUGAGGACUUUGAUUCCCUGCUUCAUCUGGAGUUAUUCUGGACGUUUAAGCAGCAGAAUGAACUGAUUUACUGAUGUUGAUGAAUAAAACUGCAAUCUGAUCCAAGCAUUCUUGGAUGCUUGUUGACAAAACAUGUAAUCUGAAUAUGAUUCUGAAUAUAAACAUACUAAGAUAUUGCAGAUUCAAUUCAUAUGAACUAUUUGUUUUCUUCAGAAUGUGCUCAAACCACUGCAGAGGCUUGAUGUGAAAACUUUUGUAAUAUAAUAAUAUUGCAGCUAAAUAAUUGGAUUUAGUCAUUUCAGGUGUUUGGUUUAUUUAGAGAAAGAUAAUUGUCCUGUGUUGCAAAAGAGGAGGCUACUAUCACAACUGAUUGUUGAUUAAAGGAACAUUUGUAAUAUUGAUCCGUCACUUUGAAAAUACACUUUAAACUGCAAAAAUAAAACGGAUUCAAUACAG